AUGCUCCCAAUUAAUAUGAUUGGUUUUUGGAAAUGGGGAUUUCGCGCCUCGAUCGACGUGAAAAACGAAAAGGCACACUCUCCCGUGCUCAAUUCCACCACCACUCUCAAUACUUUAAUCUCCGAGCUUCCCAUUCUCAAAGAUAGAAAAUUGUGGUUGAGUCCUCUUUUAUUCAAUGGAACACUCCAGACCAUCAAUUACGCCACUGCCAAGGCAGAAAAACACAGUGUGUUUUAUGGAAGAGAGAUCUUUACUUACAGCGAUAAUGGUAUCUGCUCGUUAGAUUGGAUUAUUCCCGCCGAGUCCAAGGAAGAGUUUUCCAAGUUGUACGAGCAAACACUUCCAGAAAACUGGCCCAGACUUCAUCCAAGAACAAGAUUUUUCACCAAGGAGGAGUUGGCCGCUAGGACUGAAAAGGGACAGUCUGACAGCACACGUCCCAUCUGUGUGGUAUUCCAUGGUUUGGCUGGUGGCUCGCAUGAACCUCUUAUUAGAAAUUUGGCAGAUGAUUUGACAAGCAAUCAAGGCAAUGAGUGGGAUCUCGUCGUGGUCAAUUCGCGCGGAUGUUGUCGCACCAAAAUUACUCUGGGCAAGCUCUUCUCUGCUUUCUCUCAAGAGGAUGUAGGAGAGGUGCUCGAGGACUUAAAACUCCGCUAUCCAAACAGACCACUCUACACGAUUGGAUUCUCGUUUGGCGCUGCCAUUCUCACCAACUACUUGGGAUUUCAGGCGGAGAGAAGUCGUGAGCUUGUUGAAGGUGCUGUAUUGAUCGGAUGUCCUUGGGACAUGGCCGUCAGUGCCAGACAUCUUGAAAAUUCGCUCAGUGGCCGUUACUUGUUCAACCCGCAAUUGACUUUGUUUCUUAAUAAGCUUGUCAAGGCCAAUUACGCCGAGUUGACCCAACACCACCCAGAGAUAUUCAACAAGGACAGCGUGAACCAAGCAUGGAAGGCAAAGAGAACAUGGCAGUGGGACGACAUUUUCACCUGUAAGACCGUUGGUUUCAAGGACUCGUGGGCAUAUUAUGCUGCCGCCUCUCCAAUUCUCCGUGCUGGAGAUAUUCGGGUGCCUACAUUGAUUAUUAAUUCUACAGAUGAUCCAGCUGUUGCACCAAUAUUCCCUGACACCAGCAAGAAUCCAUAUCUCGCACUGAUCGAGACCAAUCUCGGAGGACAUCUUGGAUGGGCUAAAUACUCCGGCGAGUUCUGGUGUGUUGAAGUUGCCGACGAAUUCAUGAACCUGUUAAAUAAGGCACACUUCGAGAAAAAGCAAUAG